CACAUAUAUCUGAAAAGUCAAAACUAACGAUUUUACUUGUUGGUAUUUAUGUGGGGUUGACACAUUUGUUUUUUUAAUUGGCUAGUAAGGCAUUUUUUUAAUGUUUUGUGUGUAUUGUUAUUAACGUGUCCACAAUUAUGUCGUGGAUCCGCGACUAUAUUAUCAAUCUUUUGCUGAUCUAUCAACUCAAUUUAUUUUAUUUCUAAUUUACAAAUCAAGAUCGGCGAUGGGAGAGAGAGACGACGGAGCAGAAGGUGUAGAGAAGGCGAAGAUUCCUUUGUUGAAGGAUCAAAAUGUGGAGGAGGAGGAAGUCGGAGAAAUAAAGAGAGAGAUAUGGAUAGAGACCAAGAAGCUAUGGCGUAUUGUUGGACCAGCCAUAUUCACUAGAGUCACGAAUAACUUGAUCUUUGUCAUCACUCAGGCCUUUGCUGGCCACCUCGGCGAGCUAGAACUCGCUGCCAUCUCCAUCGUCAACAACGUCAUCAUCGGCUUCAACUAUAGCCUCUUCAUUGGAAUGGCGACUGCGUUGGAAACGCUGUGCGGUCAAUCGUUUGGGGCAAAGAAGUAUGACAUGUUUGGAGUGUAUUUGCAACGAUCUUGGAUUGUUCUCUUCUUAUGCUCUAUCUUGCUCCUCCCAAUGUACAUCUUUGCGUCCCCGAUUCUUAAGUUCAUGGGCCAGCCUGACGACAUCGCUGAGCUCUCCGGUAUCAUCGCUGUUUGGGCCAUUCCUUCCAAUUUCUCAUUUGCUUUCUUUUUCCCUAUCAACCGGUUCCUCCAAUGCCAGCUUAAAAACUCGGUGGUUGCAAUUUCGUCUGGAGUGGCACUUGUAGUUCACAUAUUUGUGUGCUGGCUUUUUAUCUACGUUCUUGAACUUGGAGUCAUAGGGACCAUCGCUACUGCUAAUGUUUCAUGGUGGCUCAAUUUCUUUAUCUUAUUUACUUACACCACUUGCGGCGGUUGUCCGUUCGCUUGGACCGGUUUCUCCAUUGAAUCUUUUACGAGACUAUGGGAAUUCACUAAGCUCUCUGCCUCUUCCGGAAUAAUGGUUUGCUUGGAGAAUUGGUAUUAUAGGAUGUUAAUUGUGAUGACUGGAAAUUUGGAGAAUGCAAGAAUUGAUGUAGACUCUGUGUCUAUAUGCAUGUCGAUAAAUGGUUUGGAGAUGAUGGUUCCACUUGCUUUCUUCGCGGGGACCAGCGUACGAGUGGCGAAUGAAUUAGGAGCAGGCAAUGGAAAAAGAGCAAGAUUUGCAAUGAUCAUAUCAGUGACACAAUCGUUGAUCAUUGGAAUAAUCAUUUCGGUGCUCAUAUAUUUUCUUCUUGACCAAAUCGGUUGGAUCUUCUCUUCAAGUGAAACUGUCCUAAAAGCAGUCCAUAAUCUCUCUAUCCUUUUAGCCUUUGCGAUUCUUCUCAACAGUGUCCAACCGGUUCUUUCCGGUGUUGCGGUUGGUUCGGGUUGGCAAUCAUUAGUGGCAUUUAUAAAUUUGGGAUGCUACUAUUUCAUUGGACUUCCACUUGGAAUUGUCAUGGGCUGGAUUUUUAAGUUUGGCGUCAAGGGUAUUUGGGCGGGUAUGAUAUUCGGAGGAACCAUGGUUCAAACAUUGAUAUUGAUUUUUAUUACUAUAAGAUGUGAUUGGGAGAAAGAGGCACAAAAAGCAAAGGUUCGCGUUAAUAAAUGGUCUGUAUCAAACGCAAGAAUAUGAAGAUUGAAUAAAUUGUUUUAAAGAUUGUAUUUUGAACUAUAAAAUAAGCAUACAUCAAUAAAUUUUGAUCGUUUUAACUGAUAAAAUAUAUUGCGUAUCAUUUCAAUUUUACAUAAAAAAAAAUUUUGUUAA